CACACUAGUUUGUGCACUUCCCCUAUCCCCUACACCCUUCUCUCCUUCUGCACACCAUGGUCUCCUCCAUCAUCAUCCAUCAUCAUCCAUCCACCUGCUGUCAUUCUCUGAGCUGCAGUUUGCGUGUCUCUAACGGGUUAACUCUACGGGUGUUUCUAGCUAAACAUUUGCUCAGCAAACAGGAGCUGGGGCGUGCCCGCCAAGCCGUGCGGUCAGAUGUUUUGGUUCUAGCGUAGGUGUAUGAUGGAGGUAUGCGAGGGGCAGCAGGAGGUCCUGAGGGAUCUAAACAAGAGGCUCAGUGGCUUCCUGGAAAACGCAGCUCAGCUUCAGAAGAUCAACCUGAACCUCCAGGAGGAGCUCACAGCCUGGACGCCGACACCGGAGAGAGACUGGAGCUGGGAGGAGAGGAUGGUGGAGGAGCUACGGGCUCAGAUUAGCCGCAUGCUAAUGGAAAACGCUGAGCUGGCCCUGCGUUCAGAUCGCAUUAAGUCCACCGUUCACCAUCUACAGAGCAGAUGUGAGCUGGAGCAGAAGCUGCGUCUCCGACUCGAGCAGCUGAUACCGGACCUGAGACAGAAGAGGAUGAACCUGGAGCGGGACAACACACUGCUGGAGGAACAGUUACACACGUCCACACUGGAACUACACACCAUUCAGGACGAGCAGGAGAGGGAGUUGUUUGUGCAGCUGCAGCAGGCAGCAGUAGGGGAGGAUGGCAGAGGAAUGGAGCUCCGGCGUUUCGGCCCAGCGCACGGUGACCUCGGAUCAGCUGCACUCACUAAUCGAUCCCCAGGCUUCAGGCCCACAGCGCACGCCAGGCCCGGUCCGAACGGAGACCAACCUCCACAGGUGAGUCACGUGAGUCACAGGGAUGAGGCCUUGCGAGAGGCAAGGGCAGAGCUCACCGAAGUCCGAAAGCAGUGGCACAGUUUACAGGUGGAGGUCGAGUCUCUACAUGCCGUGGAGCGCAGUCUGCAGAGCUCUCUGAAACACACCCAGCGUCAGUACUCGCUGCAGCUGCGGGAUCUGUCGCGCUCGGUGUGUGAGCUGGAGGCUGAGCUGGACGGCGUGCGCGAAGGUCUCGCCGCACAGAAACACCACCACAACCAGCUGCUCAACACCAAGAUGAGGCUGGAGAGAGAGAUCGCCACCUACAGGAGACUGCUAGAGCACGAGGAGGGCAGGUUUUUGAGUGCGGACGGUCAGCCGCGGAAACUGAAGCCCUGGAAACCUUCGAUUCAGCAGAACGGAGUGUGUAAUGGCUUCGGGAACGAAAACGAAGAGAAGCCAGCCAAUCAGGGCCCAGGUCUCCACCGGCAGGGCAGCCUCGUCAUCUUCACAGAGCCCAUAGUGAGCAGAAAUGGGGAAAUUAGCACGGUGAAGACUCAGGAGAUUGUGGAGGGGAACGUAGUGAGAGAAAGCGCAGAGGGACACGGACGAGUCGAAACGGAGAAGAUCGAUAAGGUGAUUAAACAGUGGGAAGGAUCUGUUUUCCAAGGAAACCCAAAGCUGAGGAAGAAAUCCGUGUCUCUGCGCUUCGACCUGCACAUGGCUGCUGCCGAUGAAGGCUGCGCUCAGAGCAAACAGGACAGUUUACCAGACGUGGAGGUUCGGCUGGUGAUGAAACGAUCCCGCAGCAUCCCCUCCAUAACGCAGUGACUUCGUAUGGAAAGCCAGUAGGGUCAAAACGAGUGUGCGGCAUGGCGCCAGCACAUUUUUUUUUUUUUUGAGGAACAUGCUAGAUUUGUCUUGUAAUAAAUUAAUGCGUGGCUUUUAUUUUGGCGGGGGAGGGGGGGCUUUAGGGUGCUAAAAUUUUUAUUUUUACUGCUUGUAGCCUUGUCAUCCCAAAGCACUUCCUGGAUCUGUAUGCGAUGACAUUGCUGUGUUUACAUCAGCAACUGCGGCCGAAUAAGUGUCCUCCAUUAGCAAGGAUUUAAAGUUACAUAUUGCUAGCGUGCAUCGAAUUAAUCAGAAUCCCAAAUUCUACUGGAAGAUUCUAGAAAUAAAAUGAAUUCGUACAUUUUACAUGAAAUGUCGACAUUUAAAACCGUUAUAACCGUUGAUUAGCGGCAGAUUCAAAAGAUUAGCAAAAUCUGUUUGAUUUCAGUAAAUCUCGUGAACUAGCCACCAGCUGACGUUAGCAAUAUGAAUAAAGUUCACGAUGUAUUUAUUUUCUCAGAACCUUCUAGAAUUAUUUGGUCAGUGUUUUACAGUUUUAAUCUCCUAAUGUGUCAAAAUCAAAUACGACUGUAACCUCAUUUCAAAGUUGAGAAAUGGAACGCUAUUUAUUGUUGAGCUGCCAUUUUGUUCCGUCACAACAUCAUGCUGAACUCAGGGUUGAGGACACCUUCCCGUGUUCCCGAGUUUCAUUUGUUGUGGGGAAAAAAAAUAUCUAAAUGCUAUUAAAACAAAAUGCAGCCAACAUGAGAAGACUUAGCAAGAGACCUUCAGAAUUUGCUGGCAAAAAAGUAGCUUUAUGCUAAUAACACAUCCUUGUUCACUUCCCUUUAGCGUUAACGGUAAACAGUAACAUAGUUUAAUACUUAAUAUUUGGCUGGAAAAAGUUUUAUGUGGUGACUGUUACUAUAUCAUGCUAACUAGUUAGCAAAUUAUCAAUUAGUAUGCUGGUUAGUUAGCAAGUCGGCUAGUUUAAUGCUGCAUUUGACUAAGGUCAUAAUUUAUGACCUCAUCCUAGAAAAAAAGCAAAGAAAUAAAUGUCAAAAAAGUCAGAAUAAGCGUUCUAGUCACUUAGCUAGCUAGACUGCAAGCCAGUGAUUGUAAAAAUCUGGGGAACUCUUGCUAGCUUAGCAUAACUCACAACUCAUCCUGAGGCUGUGCUUUGCUAUCAAUUAGCAAGCUAGCUAGCUAGCUAGCAAUCCAGCUAGUCUAGCUAGUUAGCAGCGCACUUACCUUAAAUCUUCCUGGAAUAUUUUUAGCUAGCAAACACUGUGUGUGAUGUAGCAGAUUAACAUCUCCAAGUUGUGAGGAAAAAGUUGUCGAAAACAGUGUUGAGAAUACAAAAAUGAAAUCUCUGUGACCUCAUAUUCAUUUGGAUAGAAAUGGUCAGUCCCAAAAAGCCCAUUUUAACAUGUUUGGUGUUUAUUAUUAUUUUCUAACCAAAGUCUGUGAUUUAUUUAUUUAUGCAACAGACCAAUGUGCUUUAUAAUGGCCAUGUGUGAAUAUGGAACGCCAUCGGGGACAAAACCCGUGGCCACAUCUGCACUGGUGACAUCUUACACUGUAACACGCAGUAAAAACCUGUUCCCAUGACAUCGCUGUGCCACAUCACACUUUAUUCAUCACGAAACGAGAAAAGUAAUCUUUUGAUCAAAAGAAACCGCACUUAUGAUCGCAAACAUUCGCGCUGAUUAACAUUAAGCUAAACAAAUCGUAAGCUAUGAUCCUCUCCGCUGAUUCCAAAUGCACUUUGAAACUUUCUACAUUUUAUUUACUUUUUGUUUGUUUGUUUUCCUAUAUAUUGUUCUCUCAAUUUAAUAUAUUUUAUUCUAAUAUAGUAAUAUAUUCUGCACCUUUAUCCUCUGCUGUAAUGAGAGGUGUUGAAAUGAAACAGCGUUAAUAAAGCUCUGAUGCUAAAUAACACUAA